AUGCCUGUCCACCUACAUAGUGAAAGUAGCAUCAUAGAUGACAUUAAUCCUUCUAUUGCCAUGGAAGAUAUGAUUAACUCCAAGAAUGUAUCUGUAUCGAUGCGCCCUUAUAUCAUGACUCAUGAUCCUUCGCGGCGGCACAAUGCCAAAUCGGAAUGUAAUGGUAACAAGAUAAUGUUAAUGAAUAAAGAAGAUGAGUCUAAUGAGGUGAUCGACGGAAUCAACUAUAGCAGUAACACCAAACGGCCUUCUCUUAAUUCUUCAUUAUCCUCGUUACCACGAAGAAAAUCUUCUGUAUUAGAUAUUUCAAGCCUGUUAUGCGACUUACCAUCCACUUCUUCUCCUGCUUACGACUCUUCUAUCGAUGGAGAUAGUAGCAUGGAUGACAUAUCAACAACUAGUCAACUUGGUGAUAAUGAAUCAUUGGAUUCUCCACGUUCUUGUCAUAACGUUCGCGUUGCGACUUCUACUCCUGAUACUUCACCUCCACUUUCUCCUUCUCCUAUUGAAAAAGAUGAAAAACUUUCUCUUAGAUUUUUGGAUCAGGUUUGGACCAAACGUUCUCACCUUAAUCAGGAUUCUUCGGUAGUUAGGCCUGUACUACCUUCAAUCAGAACUUUUGCUUCUUCACCUAAUCUGAGAUCGGAUGUUAACUCCGACUUACCUCAUAUUACAAAUUGCGAAAAUGGGAAUCUGGAUUCCCUCUCAUUUUCAUCAUCGACAACAACAACAUCAUCAUCAUCAAUCUGA